AUGACAAUACCACCUAACACGAAGCCUGGUAAUGCAUUAGCCAGCCAGGAUUCAAAGUUUCUUUCACCUACAUUGAAAUUAGAUGAUCCGUCGCUAGAUGUAUUGCAAUUUCAACAAGAUCAAAAUUCAUCAUCAUCGCAGUCUUCGAGAGGGGUCUUAUCACAGAGGUUUCUCCAUCCUGUAAGUAUCGAUGCAGUGAAUGAAGUUAACUACAAGAUACACGUACCAAACUUUGCAAACUUGCCGCCUUUAAAAUUGGGCUACAAAUAUAUCACGGACUUGAUCAAAAUUGAUUCUAUGACACCAUCUGAUUUGUAUUCGGACGAAAACAUUAACAGAACUGGUUCAGGGCUUGAUAAUUAUUACUUUGACUAUGAUUCAGGUCUUGGUGAAUUUUCUAGAUUCGAGAAGCUCAAUCAGCUUAAUUUACCAGAUAAAUUUUUCGAUGAAUAUAACUCGACUGAAUGUAUUACUAAAAUGGGAUUAUUUCCAGAAAUUGAAAGAUCGUGGAUUGCCGUGGACAAUAAGUUAGUAUUAUGGAAUUAUAAGGUUCCUCAAUCUUCUUUUAAUAAAUCCAGCCAGUUUUUGACUAUUGAUCAAAUUAGACAUUCAAUCUUACAAGUAAAACUAGUUAAACCUAAACCUAAUGUGUUUGUUAGUGAUGUUAACUACCUUUUAUUGAUUGCAACUCCAAUGGACAUACAUAUUUAUAUUGUUAAGUACAAUAAGGCGUUAAAUAACCUCGAAAUUUUUAACCCUGAUUUAUCAGUGUCUACUCAAGGUUUGAUAGUCAAUAAUUUCACGGUUAAUGAAGUGACUAAUGACAUAUAUUUUACAGGAGAAGGGGAUGGUAUUAACAUUUGGAGACUAGACUACUCAAACAAGAGUUCAUUUAUCAAGAACAAAUGUGAUAAAGUAUGCUUAACGAAGAGUGGAUUCUCAAGCGUAUUACCAUUGAAUAAAUUUCCGGGAUUUGAUUUGUUCAACUCUAAUGAUGGCUUGAAUAAGACAGCUAAUAACACUGAUAAAACUAGUACUGCUGCUAAUAUUCCAGAAACUAUAACUCAAUUAGAGAUUGAUGCCGAUAGAGAGAUUUUGUAUUCAUUGUCAAAUAAGUCUGUCAUCAGAGUCUACAAGUUACAGAAAAAUCAAGAACAGUUCACUCAGCAUAACCAGUUAACUCCAUCAGAGAUUUUCAAAAGCGUUUCUGCAUUGUUUGUUGAUUCUACAAAUUUUAAAGCAUUUCUGAAGUUCAGGAUUAUGAAUAUUCAGCCUAUAUUCAAACAGAAAUCUUCAAACAUUCAGUUAAUAGCAAUUACAAAUUAUGGAUACCGUAUAUUAUUGAAGUUGGGAAUCAAUUCGUCUAUAUCGUCAUUUAUGUCUGGUGCCCUUUCGUCAUCAAGAUUAAAACUCUCAGUGGCAACUAUGAAAUUUCCUCCAUCAAGAGAAUUACCUAAAUUGAAUUCAGAAUUGGAUGCGUUUACAAGAAGUAAACAAUAUUUGUCUCAAUUGAUUGCGAAUCAACAAAAGUCACAAUUAUUAAAAAACACUAAGUUUAGUAAGAUCAUAAGUCCUGGAAUAUUUAUGUGCGUCAAGAGAACUAAAAGAUCAGACAAACUUUUCAUUUGCACAGCAAAUUAUGGGUUUUUAAAGAAAAACAAUAAAUUAGUUGAAGAUGCGGAGUUUAUAAGAUUUGGCUCUGAUGAUGAUACUUCGUUCACAUAUAUCCAUGAUAUUAUUCAAUUAACCCCUUCUAUGAAUGCUACGGACACUCCAAAUGGAUAUGCGAAUAUUCUUGCAAGUCAGUACACUAGAGAACCUUUGAAGUUUGCAAUUUUGACCAAUUUUGGAAUAAUAAUUUAUCAGUUAAAGACAUCGGACCAAAUUUUAAAAUCGUUGAAUGAUGAAACAAUUGAGAAUUUUAUAGAAGAAAAUGGUUAUGAAGAAACUUGCUCAAGUUUGUUAUAUUUGUCUUGCUCGUAUGGCCAUCACAAUGCCAACAAUUUGUUUAAGAGAAAGGCUCAAAUGUUAUUUUCUACAUGUGGUAACAACGCAAGAUUAUUGAAUAAUCAAGAUAGUUUACACCCUUCGAAUACUUCACCACUUCCCCAGUCAACAGGCGUGUUGAGUUCUCAAUUACAACAACAACAACAAGCAGAGAAAGCAUUAGUUUCACACCCAACAGUUGAGCAAGUUAUUUUGAGUGAUAGGUUUUAUGGUACCUGUUUAUUGAUUUCUAGGUUAUUUAGAGAUUAUUGGAACCGUAAAGUCUUCACAAUGCUACCAUAUAUUAAACGAACGGCUAAUGGCCAAAUUGAGUUGUCUUCUGUGAAGGAUGAUAAUUUAUUAAUCCAAGGUUUGAAUAUCGAUAAAAACCAAGUUGAAUUCUUUAUUGGUUCAAUGAUAGUCUUGAUUGAAUUCUUUGUUGAAAAUGGAAAUAAUAUUCAGGGUUUAAAUGCCCCUAACUACAGCUCCGACCCAAGCAAGUUUGAGAAUGAAGUAUGCUUACGUGCUGAACACAUUGCAUUUACCUCAAUUUUGAAAUCUUUGAGCUCUAUGAAAGAAGCUUUAUCAUUCUUGAUGGUAUUAAUCGAAGAGUCUCAAAUUAACCAGACCACCUUUAAUGAUAUUUUAAAAUUUUUCUCUGUGACAAACCAAUUGAACUUGUUGACUUUAUCAUUUAAGGAUUUAUUGUUGCCAACUCGCGAUGUUAAAAAUUUGAUUAAAGAUUUAUUAUCAUCUAUCAUCAAUAAAAAUAUCUUGAAAGGAGGAUCUAUAGAUUUAAUUGCGUCAUCAUUGCAAGAUCGUUGUGGAUCUUUCUGUUCCACUGAUGAUGUAUUUAUUUUCAAAGCAAUUGAAAAUUUAACUCGAGCUAAGAAUAUAGGAACAAGAGAUUAUGACUUGAGAAUUAAAUGUUUGAAGAACGCUGUUGUGUUAUUUGAAGAAGCAUAUGAGUCGUUGACAUUAGAGAAUAUUGAGAAUUCUAUUAAUAUUAUGUUAGAUUUAGAAUUCUAUACCGGUGCAAUUGAACUUUUGUUGAAACUUGCUUACAAGCUAGUCAAUAACGCCAGUUUGAAUAAUCCAGCAACAGCUGGAAAAGCAAAUAUUCUCAUAGACAAUGGUAACACGAAUUCAAAGUCUGUUGAAAAUAGUAAGAAGAAGAUCCAGUUAUAUGAUUUGAUCUUCAAGAUCUUGACUAGAAUUGAUUUGAGAGCAAUCAAAAUAACUGAAACAGGUCAUCAGUUAGCAAUUAACGAGUUUAUUGAAAUAAGAGACGCUGCCUAUGAGACAUGUUUCGCAGCACAGGAUAAACAUUUCCACUAUGAAUUUUACCAAUGGUUUAUUAACCAGGAUGUGAGUGAAAGGUUAUUGGAGAUCAAUACACCAUAUAUUUUACCAUUUUUGGAAGAAAAGUCAGAGAAUAAUUUAGCAUUGAGUGACUUAUUGUGGUUGUACCAUGCGAAGAGGGAGAACUACUUUGGAGCAGCAAGUAUAUUAUAUUCGUUGUCGGUUUCAGAAUUUAAAUUAACAUUAAAUCAACGAAUUGAGUAUUUAUCCAGAGCCAACGGAUUCUGUAAUUGUGCAUGUCCUCCAAACUUAAGACAAAAGAUGAUUCAAUUAUCAUCAACAAUUCAAGAAUUGUUUGACGUCGCAAAUGUCCAAUUAGAUAUACUAACUGCAAUCAGGUCUGAUGAUAGAAUUAGCAAACAAAAUAAAGAGGUUGCUGUCUCUUCGUUAGAUUAUAAAAUUUUGAAUAUUAGCGACUUAUUCAAUAACUAUACUGAUCCAUUAGGUUAUUAUGAUUUAUGUCUCUUAAUUUUCAAAGUUUCUGAUUACAAAAAUACGGAUGAUAUAUUGAAGAGAUGGGAGUUAUUUUUUGAAAGAAUUUUCCAUGAAUUUUUAAUUACAGAUAGAAAGAAGCAGGAACCAAUCUAUAUUGUCUUGAAUAAUGCUUUCGAUAUUAUCGGUCCUAAAUUAUCAUCGAAUGAUUUAGUUUUCCCAAUAGAUGAAUUGAUAAAAUUAAUAGCUAAAUAUAUCCAGGAGGCCAUCGAAGAAGAUCCAGUCAGUCAAACACCACCAAAGGGUGUAAUUGUUGACAUUUUCGUGAAAUCUGGGGUUGGAUAUGACAAGUUAUACUACAUUAUGAAGUCGUUAAUUGAGCAUAGCACAUUUGAAAUAUUCCCAGGAUUUACCAAUAAUUUGAAGUCUAAUGAAAUGAGUUAUUUGAUUGAGCACUGGUAUAAUUCCGAUAAGAAGUUAAGAGAAUUAAUUUCGAGUGAAAAAAUAAAGAAUUUGACUGAAUAUUCAAUUGAAAAUGAUCCAAUUCAUGACAUUGUUAAAGAUAAUGGAAUUUUAAUUUAA